CACGAUUUUCUGUUCAUUUUUGUCGUACUGAUGGGUCUCUUUGGGGCCAGAAAAGUCAAAUUACAGGAGCUCGAAAACGAUCUGCACAAUUCUCAGGCCGAAAAUCGCGGACUUCAACAAGAGCCCGCCGAAUACAAGCCGAAGCGUAAGAAGAACAGCAUCUUCGGUAGUUUUAUAAAGCCCACACACAGAACUAGCCCAGUGGGACCUGUUGCGGCAGAAACUCUGUUCAGCCAGCCAUUACCCGUUCCGAAUCGCUCGGAACCACACAAUCUUGCCAUCAGGAGCCUGCCGGCAUCGAGUCCUUCAGACAGGCCGGAUCUCACGCUUCAAAUCACGAAUCUCAGCAAUGAACUCCGAAGGGCUCAGCUUGAUAUACGAGGGAAGCAGGCUAAGAUUACCAAGCUCGAGCAAAAGAUAAACGAAGAAUACGAAAGGCCAACUCGGGAGGGGGCUUUCUGGGGACUGGGUCACUACCUACAAGAGCCACGGAACUCCUCGCCAGUGUUACAGCGAAGGCUAGUAGAGCCGCCACCUCAAGAAUCGCAAGAACAAUUCCAAAGCCUCCAGCGAGAGAACGACACGCUCAAGAGACAGUUGCAGGAGCAACAUGGAGUCUUUGAGCGUGAGAAGUGGAUGGAGGUUGAGAGGGCGAGGAAGGAAGCUGCGAAUGGUGACAAGCAGCACCAGGAGGAACUCGAAUGCAUGCGUGCAGAAUUUAACGAUAGAACAAACAAAUUGAAAGUUGAGAUAUCAAGCGUGCAAGCUAAAGCCGAGGUUGAUCGCCGAGCUUACCGUCGCGAAUCAGAUGCACAACUUAGGGCAGUACACCAACAGAAGGAUAGGUAUAUCGCUGAUAUAAUGGAGAGGCACCAGACGGAGCUACAACAACAACGUCAAGCAUCCGAAGCCACUGCCGCCCAACGCGAGGACCGUAUAGCAGAGCUAGAGCGAGAGAUCCAAGAGAAAACAGCCAGAAUUGCAGACACCAGGCUCGUUCUAGAUCGGACAAGAAACGCGGAAAGGCAACGAGCAAUAAGAGCGGCAGAGGAACUUGCAGAACGAGAUCGGAGAUUUGAGUUCAUACAACAGGAAUGUGCGAGGAUGGCUGCUGGGGGGAGGUAGUGAGAUGGUCAUGAUCGGUUCUGAAGUUUGACAUUGAUAUGGUGGGAAAUGGCAUCAAGUUGCUGCUGGAUCGGGUGAACAUCUGGGAAGAUGCCCGUAUGGGAGGUAGUGGCAGAGUCAUCGCGAAAAUGACAAACAAAUUUUCAACACAAAUUCAAAAACGAUUUGCCAGACAAAAUCGUGAUCCCGAUUGGCUUGUUGAUAGGCUUCCACCUGAGCCAUCUGUACCAUUUUACGCCACGGCCCGGCGGCGCUCGAGAACAUGUCAUGUCUGAGAACACAGCCUCGAUUUAUAUAUUCCCUAGUCUUAGCUAAGUAUACGAAGCUCUUUACUUAAUUAGGAA